AUGGCUCCCGCCGCUACAAACUCUUACCGCGAGACUGCUCGUGACAACGCAUCAGGCUUCAUCGCCUACGCGCGGAGCUCCGUGGAUCGUGUUGUCCCGCCUAAUUCUCGACAGAAAGCUUACGACAAUACUGCUUCUUUUGCUUCAUCGCGACCUAUUCUCUUUGUACGUCCCCCUCUCACCGCUUAUCAACCAUCACUAACAAAGCAGUCCUUUAUUGUAUCACAACUUCUUCUUUCUUUCCUCCCUCUUCUAAUCUUCCUCACAUUCUCCCUCUCAACCAUCCUAUUCGCCCUUGGCGCAGCAAUCGUCUUUGCUCUCUUCUGGGUUGGCGUUGCCCUUCUUGUUCUCGUGCCUGCACUGCUCAUCACUUCUUCCAUCGCCGUCCUCGUCUGGGGCUGGGCCAUUGGGAGCUUCAUCAUUGCACGGUGGCUGUACAACCAUUCACCUGUCGGAGUGCAGAAUAAUGAGGUUGUGAAGAAGGAGAACGGCAAUUAG